CAAUUCUAUCAUCACUAAAUCUUGAUCAAUCAACAUAACAAUAGUGUUUGCUUAUAUCUGAAAAACAUGCCUCAAGGUGAUUUGAAUGGAAAUUCUACACAAAAUGGUGCACGUGCUAGGCGUGCCCCUGUUCCGGGGAAGGCUACAAUACUUGCUUUAGGGAAGGCUUUCCCUAGCCAAGUUCUCCCUCAAGAGUGCUUGGUUGAAGGGUAUAUUCGUGAUACUAAGUGUGCAGAUUCUUCUAUUAAGGAGAAAUUGGAGCGUUUAUGCAAAAACACAACUGUGAAAACAAGGUACACAGUAAUGUCAAAGGAGAUCCUUGACAAAUAUCCAGAGCUAGCCAUAGAAGGAACACCAACCAUAAGACAAAAACUAGAAAUAGCAAAUCCAGCAGUAGUUGAAAUGGCAACAAGAGCAAGCAAAGCUUGCAUCAAAGAAUGGGGAAGACCAGUAGAAGAAAUCACACACAUGGUCUACGUUUCGUCCAGCGAAAUCCGUCUGCCAGGUGGAGAUCUUUACCUGGCAAACGAACUCGGCCUAAAAAGCGAUGUGAAUCGUGUAAUGCUCUAUUUCCUCGGUUGCUACGGUGGUGUAACCGGUUUACGUGUCGCAAAAGAUAUAGCUGAAAACAAUCCUGGUAGCAGGGUAUUGCUCACAACUUCUGAGACAACAAUUCUUGGUUUUAGGCCACCAAAUAUAUCUAGACCUUAUGAUCUUGUUGGCGCCGCGCUUUUCGGUGAUGGUGCUGCUGCUGCUAUUAUUGGAACCAAUCCUUUAUUGAAUCAUGAAUCACCUUUCAUUGAAUUAAACUAUGCUGUCCAAAAAUUCUUACCAGACACACAAAAUGUGAUUGAUGGUAGAAUUUCUGAAGAGGGUAUUAAUUUUAAGCUAGGGAGAGACUUACCUCAAAAAAUUGAAGAUAACAUUGAAGAAUUUUGCAAUAAAUUGAUGGCUAAAUGUGAUGUUAAGGAUUUUAAUGAAUUGUUUUGGGCUGUUCAUCCUGGUGGGCCAGCAAUACUUAAUAAGUUAGAGACUAUACUUAAAUUGAGUGGUGAUAAAUUGGAGUGUAGUAGGAAGGCAUUAAUGGACUAUGGUAAUGUUAGUAGCAAUACUAUAUUUUAUGUGAUGGAGUAUAUGAGGGAGUAUUUGAAGGAAGAUGGAAGAGAAGAAUGGGGGUUAGGAUUGGCAUUUGGACCAGGGAUUACUUUUGAAGGCAUUCUCCUUCGAAGCCUUUAAGAUUCAAUUAAUGUGGUAUCAUACUUUGGAUUGUCAUUGUCAUUGUGCUUGUACUAAUUGAUUAAUGUUUAUGCUGCUUGUUUUAAGGUGAUUUUAUAAAGUUUAUUAAUAAUAAGGUUGUUGUAGCAAAUUAUUCUAUGAAUGUCAGGAGGA